ACUUUCAAGCAGACAACACAACACUAAAACCCACAAACAUCGCCAUUUUUUGUGAUCGUCCAAUUGCCGCCGUGAACCGUUGCUUUUCCUUUUAGUUGAAAUGGAGCAAUUUCCACCAAGACCAUUGUUUGGCGGAGCAAUUUCCACUAAUUUCCCUCUUAGGUUUGAGGAUGUGAGCAACAUUCGUCAAGUUCCUGAUCACCAGGAGGUGUUUGUGGACCCUGGACGUGAUGAGAGCCUGAUAUUUGAGCUUUUAGAAUUGAAGCAUGAUGUUGUUGACGAUGGAAGUGCUACUUGGUUUCUACAAGACCUUGCCGGAGAACAAGGCGCUGAGGGUACCAUUGUGACUGAGCAGUCAACAGUGUUCGAGGCUCAGGGACUGCAAUUCAGAAACACGCCUGCUGUAUUAACAUCUGCUGUUGCCCAAAUGGCCAUUUCCAAAGGACGCCAAGGAAGAGAAGCACAAAAUCUAGUGAAGGUAUACUUGGCAAAUUUGCGUCUGAAGGGAGUUAACACGGAUAUCCUCAUCACUGCAUACGAGCCUGUCUUCAUAAACCCUUUAAGUGAAAGUGCAAGUUCGGUUGGAGCCGGUGUAACGGUGCCUGCUGCGGAGUCGGGACGAACCCCGAUGGCUGAAGUCUUUAAGCAAGCAGUUUCAACAUUUAGAAUCAAUGAUUGGAACCUGUUUGGUAAUGAUGCCAUUUGAGACCGCAGCUUUGGUGGUGGUUGAUAAACACACACUCCAUUGUUCAUUCCAUUUGGUUCUUGUUCUUUGUUGUUCACAUAGAUUUAGGAUGUUUUGGGUUUUUUAGGGCUUGAAUGAUGUAGUUGUUCAAAUAUAGUCACAUUAGUAAAUGAUUAUUCACAUGGGAAUAAAUGAUUCACAUGUGAAUCAUUGGUAAACCCAGAAAAUUCCAUUUGAACAUUUUCUUUUACUAAUGGUUCACAUAUGAAUCAGUUUAUUCACAUAUAAAUCAUUUAUUAUUACGUUAUUUAACUUUUAUAUGUCUUUUUUUAACCUCUAUUAUUGUAAUU